UCACAAGAAUGCAGAGAAAGGUUCAACUGACUCAGAAAGAUCGGCCCAUUAACACUAUUGUGUACUAGGAAACAGCUGUAUUAAAAUUUUGACUGGUAUAUUGACUCGAUUGGGUAGAUUUUUAACUAAUAUUUAUACUUUUAAAUUACCUGAGUAAGUGUGACUUAUUCCAAGUCAUUGGGAAGCGCAUGAUUUUUUUUUUGGCAGAUCAGUUAAACAAUAUGGACCUGACUGCCUUUUCUGUCUGACCACACAACAGCCCCUGGAGAAAGCUGACACCUUAAGGCUGAUUCAGUACCUAAGGGCAGACAACUCUGAGUGCAGAUGGCACCCUGGACCCUGUGAGUCUGUGUCUGUUAAUGGCCCUCCUGUACUGUUUUGAUGUCAGUUUACUGGAACAUGAAGAUGGAAGAGAUCAAGGUCCUGCAGCGUCUACCAAUGAUGACUGACUUGACCUACGUACCUGACAUACACCAGGAUCUCAUGUCGACGCGAGUCUGGACAAACCCUGGACAGAAGGGUGUGAUGCUACUAGCCUGGGGGGUGACCCUCAGACAACUCAAUCAGUACCAGACCCCCACAGGGGUGAUUGGAAUUUGUGAAGAGGAUGGGGUGGUUAUUAAUGAGGCCCUGGAAGCUAACGUGUUCCACUUCCUGCGACUGGCUGUUGUAGCCGUACAUGAUUUCCAUAAAGAGGAAUAUUAUCUAAAGAAAGUCCAAAGGCUGGUUACAGACUUUAUUUUUCACAUGCCACUGAAGAUGAAAGAGCUGCUUACAAGAGAUGCGGCGAGAAUCGUGGCGUCCAAGAGUUCCCUAGAACCUCCCACGUAACCCAGUCAUGGCUUCCAGUAUUUACUGAGACAGAUUGGAGAUUUAUACAGAAGUGACCCCCUGGGACUGAGACUGUCUGUAGAGUACUGGUGUCCCCAGGAUAAUUACCGACCUCAUGAGACGAUGUACAAUGUUCAACGUCCACAAAGACAGGAGGCCCAGCCAGUGCCGUUUCGUGGCAGCACAUUUUCCUGUCACUGAAUCAGUACUACGCCAGUUUACGUCGGGAGGUUCCUAGCGGUGCUGACAUGUCUCACAUGGGACUCCGAGGUCCCCACCCCCGGGGAAUCACCCCACAGGAACUAGAGGGGCUGGUGGUCGUCCUGAAACUGUCUGAAUAUGUGAGUACAUUUAAUGAGAACUGCCGUGUGGCGUUCUGUGAGAACCAUCAGUGGCAGGUGGCGGUGUUAUUAUUUGGUCUGGUGACCAGUAGUAUCCCCUUUGACCUUAAAGCCGAGAUCUUCAGGGUGCUGGCAGCGUUCGCCAAGACGCCGGACAUGGCAGCCAGCCUGUGGCAUACACUGGAAGCCUCACAGAAUCUGAUCACAGUUCAGAGCAGCAGUUCCUCUCAAAGUGGAAUCCAGGU